GGCAACUUCCUCCAUGAGAGAACGGAGGAAGUGAGCGGUCGAGAUAAGAAAAUGGCAGACGAGGAAGGGAGAGAGGUGGAUGUGGUAGACGUCGUAUCGCUUCUCUCCACCGACGGGAGGAACUUCCUCAUCCGGAAUAAUGGCGACAAGGUGGCUAUUGGUAGUCUUGAAGGGAAAAUGAUUGCUUUUUACUUCUCAGUCUCAUGCCUUCCACAUUGCCAACUCUUCAAUCUUAGGCUGAUUGAAGUGUAUAAUGAGCUUUCUUCCCAGGAUAAUGGCUUUGAAAUUAUUUUUGUAUCUGAUGAUCGUGAUGAGGACUCCUUUAAUGAUUACUUCUCAAAAAUGCCAUGGUUUGCAAUCCCAUUUUCUGACAGUUGGAUGAGGAGAAAACUCGAAAAAAAAUUCUCGGCCAUGGGUGUUCCCACCCUUGUCAUCCUUGAUGUCAAUGGGAAGGUUCUUAAUAGAGAAGGUGUAAAAGCUGUAAAAGGAUAUGGUGCAGAGGGUUAUCCAUUUACUGUCGAAAAGAUUAGUAAAUUGAGAGAGGAAGCGGAGAAUGCUAAGAAGGUUCAAACUCUUCGAAGUGUCUUGGUCUCAUCUUACCGUGACUACUUGAUUGCAAACGAUAGAUCUAAGGUUUCUGUUUCAAAUCUCGAAGGAAAAAUAGUAGCUUUGUACUUCACAUACAAUGAUGAUUCUAGCCGUGAGUUCACUGCAGAACUUGCACAAAUAUAUAGGAAGCUCAAGGAAAUUGGAGAGAGCUUUGAGGUUGUGCUAGUGUCCUGGGAUGACGAGGAAUCCUGUUAUGAUGAAGCCAUAGAAAGCAUGCCCUGGCUCGCAUUUCCUUUCAAUGACAAAAGCUGUGAUAAGCUUUUUUGCUAUUUUGAUCUCAAUGAAUUUGUGUGGCCUAAUAUCAUCUUGAUUGGAUCGGAUGGGAAAACUAUGAAUAUUGAUUUAAUUGAACUUAUUGAUGAGUAUGGAUUUGAGGCAUGGGAAGCAUACCCGUUUUCUCAGGAGAAGUUGCAUGAGUUGUCAAAGAAAGCAAAGGCCAAACUUGAGUCACAGACACUCGAGUCACUUCUUGUUUCGGGGGAUCUGGACUAUGUCAUUGGAAAAAAAGGAUUGAAGGUUCCAAUAAAAGAGCUAGUUGGAAAGACCAUCCUCCUGUACUUCUCAGCACGUUGGCAUCCUCGCUGCCGUGAUUACCUCCCUAAACUGAUCGAAGAGUAUCACGAGAUCAAGAAUGUGGAUACUGAUUUUGAGAUUAUCUUCAUCUCCAGCGAUCAUGAUCAGGAUUCAUUUGAGAAAUUCUUCUUACGCAUGCCAUGGUUGGCACUACCUUUUGGUGAUGAGAGAAAGAAAUAUUUGAACCGUAUAUUCAAAUUCCAUCCCCGCGGACAAUCUUUUGUAGGUCUUACCAUGGUUGUUAUAGGUCCUACAGGACGAACGGUUACCAAAGAAGCCAGGGAGUUGUUGAUGAUACAUGGAACUGAUGCUUAUCCAUUCACUGAGGAGAAGAUCAAAGAGUUGGAGCAUCCAAUUGAAGAAAUGGCAAAGGGGUGGCCUGAGAAGAUAAAGCUUGACCUCCAUGAUGAGCAUGAGCUUGUCCUUACCCGUUGCUUCACUUAUGACUGUAAUGGUUGUAGAGAGAUGGGACAUAGUUGGACUUACCGUUGCGUAGAGUGUGAUUUCGACCUGCACCCAAAAUGUGCACUGAACAGAAAGAAGGAAAAUGGCGAAGCACAUGGGGAAAUGACCGAGGAAGAAUAUGUGUGUGAUGGUGAGGUCUGCCUUUUCAAAAGAAGAGAGUAACCUUAUUUGACUUGUUCAUAUAAAAUAAGUUGCCAGCUUUGAGCUCAUUAAGCCUUUAAUAGUCGACUAUAUCCUCAAAGUCUAUGUCACUGUAUCAAUUAUUAGAAAAUAUUUUAUAAUAAUUAUAUAAUAAUCUUUUCUAUUUUUUAUUUCUA